AUGAUCAAAGAACGAUUCAAAUCUGCUCAUUUAUAUGAUACACUAUCAAAUACUAAUAAUAACUCUGUUGAUAUAAUUGAUUCUGGUGUCAAGUGUAACUAUGGCAACAGUUGUCAACACGACUUAUAUGAAUUAAAAAAACCAACAUUUAUGCUUUCAAGUUUACUAGAAAAACCAGGAUCCGAUUGCAGCAUCACAGGAACAACCCUGACAGCAACAACAAAACUAACCUCAUCAAUAGGUGUACUAUCAUCAAAUGAUCUGAACACAAGACAGACAUCAUCAGCGGAUUCGUCGACUUGCAUAGCAUAUUCACAGUAUAAGGAUAAAUUACGGUGUCCAUUAUUUUCAAAGUCAUCGUCUGGAUUCCCUUCACCUCCUGCACAAUGUACAUUGAAUCGUCUAUUGCCUUGUUACUUAAAUUCAUCACCAUCACUAUCAAUUACUUCAAAUUGUGAAAUUAUGAAGUCAGGAUCCCUUCAUCAUCAUGAUGAAUAUUAUAAUAAGUUUUUGAUUGAAAUUUAUUAA